AUGGCUGGAUGGUUGCAGUUCUCGAGCCCGAGACAGGGCAAAGACAGUUGGACGGAGGUGUCUAGGUAUACUGAGUCCGUCACAAGCAGCGUCAGCGACGCUGAGCUGCGAACCGCGGCGUCCGAGAGCGGAAGCUCUGUUAGUGGAGCUCCCUUUGAGGCUCGGGUUCCGGACAAUGAGUCGCCGUUGGCAACAGCAGCUCGUGCUCUUCCCAUGGCAUGGCACUUGUUGAGGAAGAAAGUCUUGCCGGAAUGGGUGAUCCAGGCCAGCUUCUUGCAGAAGGGCUGCUGGAACAUGUCAUCCAGUUGCACCGGGGCGUACACAGCUGAAAUGGCCGCAGGAACAGUGGCCAAAGUCGUCAAUGAACGGGACGCUGCGUGUCGGCAGCUUGUCAUUGACCACCACAAAUGGAUGGAACAAUCCGGAAUUCCUACUUCUCGCCGUCUCCCCUGUAUCUUUGGCGACAUCUUGGAUCAGCUGCCUGCCUCUGUGGACAGAGAGGCAGGUGACUUUGCAGCAAAGAGACGCCGCGUCAGGGCGGCGGGACUGCUAGAGACCCAACACUGCUGGGUCCACAAUGAUGCAUGUCGGUUGGAUGUGCCUGUUCAGAUAGAUGUGUCGGGGCUUCCAUGUCCUGACAACUCACGUGCGAAUUUGAAGAGGAAGUUCCAGGAAGGGGGCUCCGGCAUCGUCUAUGCCACCUGGGCGCAGCGUCACAUACAGAAACGCACCCCUCUUCUCCUCAUUGAGAACGUGCCGGACAUCAACGUGGCAGCCCUGCGAGAUUUGCUCGAGGAGGACUACAUUCUCACACAGUUGCGCAUAUGCCCCUCCGAUGCCGGCCACACGGGCGUCGCACGACCCAGGACGUACGUGUUCUGUUCGCACAGGAAGACGUGCCGGUACUUGUUUUGCCUGCACAAGGCAUACAGCAUCAUCCAGGCGACACUGGAGAAGCACAUUUGUACGUCUCCUGCAGACUACUUGGUCGCGUCACCCGCGCAGCUGCGUGUGGCAUGUGAGAAGGCUGCCCGACAAAGGAGAGUGGAUGUCUGUUUCGAGACUUGGUCUGCAGUCAUUCAGGGAAUCCAUGUGUCAUGCGCUGCUGCUUGUGGCAUGCGAAGACACGAGUCAUCCGAGGACCAAACAGAUUGGUCGUCCAUGCUCAGCCAGGCUGAGCGCGACCAGGUAGCCUCCUACACGGCCAAGUAUGAGGCCAGGUUCCGACGCCGUGCCGCUGAUGACCCGGACCUUGUCUUCUUUUUGGGAGACACCGCGCGGUGGUGCACAUGGAGUGCUUGCAGCCGGAAGAUCCCGACGUUUCGGCGUGGAAGCGGGAAAUUCUGGUAUCCUGCAAGUAGACGGUGGCUAGUUGCCUCCGAAAAGCUAGCUGCGCUAGGGUUUCCGGGCACGGCGGCCAGUGCUGCAGUUCUAGGACUGCAUGUCCUUCCUGUCACAGACCCACUUCGUGCAGACUCGGUGUACGGAAACAGCAUGCACUUCAGCAACUGCCAGCUCAUGAUGUUGCUGGCCGUCACGUGCUUCGGGCCUGUCGCUCGUGAGCCCACUGUGGACUGGAACAGACUAGCGUGA